AUGGCUGGAAGCAGCAAAGCAAAUAACAGAAAACCCUACAACGGCGACCGCCGUGCACUCGCCCUCGCCUUCGACGUCGGCACAACAUUCUCAGGCGUCUCCUACGCCUUCCUCGAGCCUGGAGAAGUCCCAAAGAUCCAUGGCGUCACUAGGUACCCCGGCCAGGAGCACGUCACGGGGAACACGAAAAUCCCCUCGUUGCUUUACUACGACCGAAGUGGUCGCGUUGUCGCUGCAGGUGCAGAGGCAGAGAGCGGCCAGACUGCUGACGAGGCAGAGGAUGAAGGCUGGACGAAAGUCGAGCUCUUCAAGCUGCGCUUGCGCCCGCGACGCAUGGAACUUGAUAUGAACGGCAUGCGACUCAGCCCGCUCCCCCCUGGCAAGUCCUCUGAAGACGUGUUUGGCGAUUUCUUGGCAUAUCUGUUUUCUUGCACGCGCAAGUUUAUUGAGGAUACACAUGCGAAUGGCAAAAAACUCUGGAAGGUCGUCGAAAAUGAUAUUCACUUUGUGCUCAGCCAUCCGAAUGGAUGGGAGGGUGCUCAGCAGAGUCGUAUGCGCAGGAGCGCUAUCAGCGGUGGUCUUAUUCCUAAUACAGAUGAGGGAAAGGCUAGGAUACGGUUUGUUACUGAAGGCGAGGCAAGUAUGCACGCCUGUAUUCUCAACGGCCUCGCGCACGACGUCCUAGCAUCUGGAAAUGGAUUCGUAGUAGCCGAUGCUGGAGGCGGUACUUUGGAUGUUAGUAGCUACAUCUUACGAGGAACACAUCCACUCCAAAUCGAGGAAGUAGCCCCUCCUGACUGUGUCUUCGCUGGUGCUGUCUUCGUGAGCCGAAGGUGCCGAGUCUUUCUCGAAGAGAAGCUCCGAACUUCGAAGUACGGUUCACCGGAUACGCUGGACCAUAUAACCAAGCGCUUCGACGAGACGACAAAACGACUUUUUCGUGAUAAACAUGAAGUGCAGUACAUCAACUUUGGAUCUCCGCUUGACAAGGAUCUCAAAGUUGGUAUUCGAAAUGGGAAUCUCAAGCUUGCUGGCACGGAAGUGGCUGAACAGUUCGAGCCCUCGAUCCAGGCUGCGGUAGACUCCAUUCGUAGACAAAUCGAACUCUCUAGGGGAGUAGUGAAGGCCGUUUGGCUUGUAGGAGGAUUCGCUGCCAGCCCAUGGCUGUUUACCCAAUUGCAGCAACGUCUUGCGCCCCUCGGUGUCACGGUCAACAGGCCCGAUAGCCAAACAUCGAAAGCUGUUGCCGAUGGAGCUAUUGGGUUCUUCUGCGAUCAUCACGUGUCCGCACGGAUGUCGCGGUACAUGUAUGGUGUUGAGUACUUGCGUGAGAUUGAUGUGAAUGAUGAGGAGCACGUUACGCGUAGUGGACGUCAGUUGCAGCUACCUUCCGGACCGAAGUAUCUCCCUGAUGCGUUUGACUGUAUCCUUGCCAAGAACGUCCGCGUAAAAGAGAGCUCUGUGUUCUCCCGCAAGUAUUACACAGAAGUAACUAAAUUGAGCACUCUCUCGGUAUUUGAGAUCGAGAUCUGGUGUUACCGAGGAGGCGAGACGAUCCCGAAGUGGAUCGACAGAAAUUCAGACCACUUCGGGAGCUUGUGCUUCGUGCGCGCAGACUUGUCAAAGCUCAGUAACAGUGCUGAGCCGAAAAAGGGAGCUAAUGGACAGACUUAUUGGACUGUUGUGUUUAGUAUUGAGAUCCAUUUUGGGUUGACGGAGUUUAAGGCUCGUAUGAAGUGGAAUGAAGAUGUAAGUUUCGUACAACUCUCCGCAAGGAUUCUAGUCUAA